GGGGGAGUGAGAGGUGCAUGAAAUGGAGAAAAAUGGCGGAUCAUGUGCAGGGCCUUGCCCAGCUGGAGAUCCUGUGUAAGCAGCUGUACGAGACCACAGACACCGCCGUCCGACACCAGGCAGAGAAAGCGCUGGUGGAGUUUACCAACAGUCCAGACUGUCUCAGUCAAUGUCAGCUGCUCCUGGAGAGAGGCAGUUCUUCAUAUUCUCAGCUGCUUGCCGCCACCUGUUUAUCCAAACUGGUGUCUCGGACCAGUAACCCAUUACCCCUUGAGCAGCGCAUCGACAUCCGGAACUAUGUACUGAAUUAUUUGGCAACAAGGCCGAAGUUAGCAGCGUUUGUAACCCAGGCGUUGAUCCAGCUGUAUGCCAGGAUCACCAAACUGGGUUGGUUCGACUCUCAGAAAGAUGACUACGUCUUCAGAAACGUCAUCGCCGAUGUUACUCGCUUCCUACAGGACAGUGUUGAGAACUGCAUCAUAGGCGUCACCAUUCUGUCCCAGCUGACGAAUGAGAUCAAUCAGGCCGACACAACACAUCCGUUGACCAAACAUAGAAAAAUAGCUUCAUCGUUCAGAGACUCGUCCCUCUUCGACAUCUUCACUCUUUCCUGCAACCUCCUCAAACAGGCUUCAGGGAAGAAUCUGAACCUUAACGAUGAAUCCCAACACGGUCUGCUGAUGCAGCUCCUCAAACUCAGCUACAAUUGCCUCAACUUCGACUUUAUAGGAACUUCCACAGACGAGUCGUCAGACGAUCUUUGCACCGUACAGAUUCCUACAUCGUGGAGAUCAGCGUUUCUUGAUUCCUCCACACUGCAGCUGUUUUUCAAUUUAUAUCAUUCCCUCCCUCCGUCCCUUUCCCCGUUGGUGUUGUCUUGUUUAGUUCAGAUAGCCUCUGUCAGGAGGUCCCUCUUUAACAACGCAGAGCGAGCAAAGUUCCUUUCACAUUUGGUGGACGGUGUUAAGAGGAUAUUAACGAACCCACAGUGUUUGCCAGAUCCCAACAACUACCACGAGUUCUGUCGACUGCUGGCGAGGUUAAAGAGUAACUACCAGCUUGGAGAGCUGGUCAAAGUAGAGAACUACCCAGAGGUGAUUCGCCUUAUAGCCAAUUUUACCGUCACCAGCCUGCAGCACUGGGAGUUUGCCCCCAACAGCGUUCACUACCUGCUGAGUCUAUGGCAGCGCCUGGCAGCAUCGGUCCCCUACGUCAAAGCCACAGAGCCCCACCUGCUGGAGACGUACACCCCAGAGGUGACCAAGGCCUACAUCACGUCACGGCUCGAGUCGGUCCACGUUAUCCUCAGAGACGGCUUAGAAGACCCCCUGGAUGACGCUGGUCUCGUCCAGCAGCAGUUAGACCAGUUAUCUACCAUCGGCAGGUGCGAAUACGAGAAGACGUGCGCUCUGCUCGUCCAGCUGUUCGACCAGGCAGCACAGACCUACCAGGAGCUGCUGCAGUCCACCAACUCGAGCACUGUGGAUGUCACGGUGCAGGAAGGUCGCUUGACGUGGUUGGUUUAUAUAAUCGGGGCGGUGAUCGGAGGACGGGUGUCGUUUGCAAGUACAGAUGAGCAGGAUGCCAUGGACGGAGAGUUAGUCUGCAGGGUGCUGCAGCUGAUGAACCUGACGGACUCCCGGCUUGCUCAGGCUGGAAACGAGAGGUUGGAGCUGGCCAUGCUCAGCUUUUUCGAACAGUUCCGAAAGAUCUACAUCGGAGACCAGGUGCAGAAAUCAUCCAAGCUUUAUCGACGAUUAUCUGAAGUUCUGGGGUUGAACGACGAGACGAUGGUACUCAGUGUCUUUAUCGGGAAAAUCAUCACAAACUUGAAGUACUGGGGCCAGUGUGAACCAAUCACCUCGAAGACACUCCAACUGCUCAACGACCUCUCGUUAGGGUACAGCAGUGUGAGGAAGCUAGUGAAGCUCAGCGCCGUCCAGUUCAUGCUAAACAACCACACUAGUGAACACUUCUCCUUUCUGGGAGUAAACAACCAGUCGAACCUGAGCGACAUGAGAUGUCGGACCACUUUUUAUACUGCACUGGGGCGCCUGCUCAUGGUCGAUUUAGGUGAGGACGAGGACCAGUUUGAACAGUUCAUGUUGCCUCUGACGGCUGCAUUCGAAGCCGUGGCUCAGAUGUUGAGUACAAAUACUUUCAACGAGCAGGAAGCCAAGAGGACUCUGGUGGGUUUAGUCCGAGACCUGCGAGGCAUCGCGUUCGCCUUCAACGCCAAGACGAGCUUCAUGAUGCUGUUCGACUGGAUAUAUCCAGCAUAUAUGCCCAUUCUGCAGCGGGCCAUCGAGCUGUGGUACCACGACCCAGCUUGCACCACGCCUGUCCUCAAACUCAUGGCAGAGCUCGUUCACAACAGAUCACAGAGGCUUCAGUUUGACGUGUCGUCACCAAACGGCAUCCUGUUGUUCAGAGAAACCAGCAAGAUGAUCACGACCUACGGGAAUCGCAUCCUGACUUUGGGAGAAGUCCCGAAGGACCAGGUGUACAGCGUGAAGCUGAAGGGCGUCAGCGUGUGCUUUGCGAUGCUGAAGGCGGUGCUCAGCGGGAACUACGUAAACUUCGGGGUCUUCCGUCUGUACGGCGACGACGCUCUAGACAACGCCUUGCAGACAUUCAUCAAACUACUGCUGUCCAUUCCUCACAGUGACCUACUAGACUAUCCAAAGCUCAGCCAGUCCUUCUACUCUCUGCUGGAGGUGCUGACCCAGGACCACAUGAACUUCAUCGCCAGCCUGGAGCCGCAUGUCGUCAUGUACAUCCUGUCGUCGAUAUCAGAAGGCCUCACGGCACUCGACACCAUGGUGUGCACCGGCUGCUGCUCCAGUCUGGACCACAUAGUCACCUACCUGUUCAAGCAGCUGUCACGCUCCACCAAGAAGCGCCCUGCUCCCAUGGCAACGGAUGACCGCUUCCUGCACAUCAUGCAGCAGCACCCGGAGAUGAUCCAGCAGAUGCUGUCCACUGUGUUGAACAUCAUCAUCUUCGAGGACUGCAGGAACCAGUGGUCCAUGUCACGGCCGCUGUUAGGCCUCAUCCUGCUCAAUGAGAAGUAUUUUGCUGACCUGAGGAACAGCAUCGUUAGCAGUCAGCCUCCAGAAAAGCAGCAAGCCAUGCAUUUAUGUUUUGAAAACUUGAUGGAGGGUAUCGAGAGGAAUCUACUAACGAAGAAUCGGGACAGGUUCACUCAGAAUCUGUCGGUGUUCAGGCGGGAAGUCAACGACAGCAUGAAGAACUCGACGUACGGCGUCAACAGCAACGACAUGAUGAGCUGACAUUCCACACGGCAGAGUCUCACCCGGCUGCAGAGCGAGCUCAACCCUCCUCUCGCCUCUCCCCC